UACUGUUACAUCCAUUAUAGUUUUCGACGCGGAUAUUUUCCAGGCACCGGAUAAGGUUAAAUGAUGUUUGUAAACGCUUAAAUUAUGAGCUUAACGUCUACAAUUGCCCAGCAUCAUUUCUUCAACUAGCUGCCUGAUGCCAAGAGAAAAAAAGACUACCAAAAGACUCCGCACUGCAUCAACAGACAGUGAACGUGAGAACACUGAUAGCAGUAAGGGGUCGUCCACAAGCCAACCACCAAGCCCCACCAAGAAACGCAAGAAACCUCCCGGCCUAAAGGGGCCUGGGAGUGGUUCUGGAGGUGGCAACCUGGCUCCCCCACCUACCCCAAGUGGUGACAACAUCGUAGCCUCCAACCCGUUCGAGGACGACCCGAGCGGCGCCACUGCAACCGCUCGGGGUCUCAACCUACUAACGCGCCGCCUCGGCCGCACAGCGGCCAUGAACAAUCAGUUUGGACCUUACGGCAACUCAUUUCAUCACCAGCAUGGUAUGCCACCAGGUGGCGGCGGUGGAGGUGGUGGACCUUACCCUAACAACAUGGCCAACAGUCACAACUCCAAUGGCCCCAUGCCUCCCAUGAUGUACAAUAACCCUCAAACUCUUUUCCCUUGUGGGAUCUGCCAUCAGCAGGUCCAGGAUUCGGAAGACGCGGUGAUCUGCGUCAGUAGCUGCCAUACGUGGUUCCAUCGCAUCUGCACGGGUAUGACGACGACGGCCUACACGCUCCUCAACUCCGAGCAUGCGGCCGAAUGGGUUUGCGAUCGGUGCGUACGGGAGAAGAAGAUUCCCUUGGUCCGGCUGAAGACACAGCCAAUCACGUAGAGCUACGCUUUCUUGCUUAUGUUUUGUAUAUAUUGGAUUAUCACCAGAGGCAUUGUACAUAUCAGAAUGCACUGAUCUGUUAAUGCCCAUUGCACAUAGGUAAUAUGAAUUUUAUAUCUAUGUGUAUGCUUGUAUUCUUUGAAAGCAAUUGUUUUUACCAACAAUGUUUCAAAGGAAUUCCCACACCUUCCUCUGCUUAGUCAAGUUAGACAAGUACAUGUAGCAUUUGAAGUUACAUUUUUGGCAAAGGAUUCUCCUUGGGCAUUGAUUAGUGGAGGACAUAAUGUAAAUUCUAAUGAUUUAUGGUAUUAAUUGAUGAAGUGUAAUUGUGUUGAAAUUUGUAGGGUCAUGAAAUUUCUUUUAAACGACCGAAUACAUGUGCGAAUUCCUCUUUUUGAAACAAUAUAUGUCUGUGUAUUUAUUAUAGUUUUGUGACUUGGUGGUGAAUAAAGAGGCUCUCCACAUCGCUUCUUUAUACCCCAUCAUAAUCACCUGCAUGUAUGGAGUGAUUUCAGAAUGGCUAUAAUAAAGAGUGUAUGGAAGAACCUCUAUAUGUGCAUUUACAUUGAUCAAGUUCUUUGAGCCAGGAUCAGCAUUUUGAAAUACAUGUAUGUUAGUUCAAGUAUGGCUACAUCCUUGUGCCUUGCACAUUUUGUCUAAAUACUGAUCUGGGCCCCAGAACACAAAGUUGAGAGCGAUAAUAAUCGCUAAUUUGAAAGAACAAUUCUGAUUGGUUCCUAGUCAGUCUACUGAGUGAAAUGCACAUGCAACGAUGAUCUUGAUAGGCCACUUCAUUUAGUGAUUAAUCACUAACCUUUUCGUUACCCGGCCCUGGAUUGGUUGAUAAUGAAACAAAGUCAAACCUAAUCACUUUCACAUUUUAGCUAUUAAUAAACAAAAACAAUCGUACUGCCUUGAAAUAUAAGCAUGAAUGUAGCCUUGCUAAUGACCUGCUGACUUAAAAAUCAAGUAAGAUAUCUCCUCUUAAGUACGUGUUCACGAACGUAAUAUAUACGUAUUUGUAGUUAAAGGUCGAGGCCAUCUCAACAUUAAGUUGACUUGAAUAACUAGAGAAAACUCGAUCCUUACACAUCACAGAAUGCAAUGAGUGUACAAAUUAAGUGAACCCAUUUACAUUGCAGUAUUCUGUCUCGAGUCCUAUCCUUGAAAUAACCGCAAAAUGGGACUUGAAAGGAGAAAAUUACCCCCCCCCCCUCCUUCCAGUUAAGGAUUAAAUAUGCUUCAGGUACAUGUUUAAUCGCUAUUCAUUUUAUGUAUUCUUGUGAUUUAGAAUCUUAAUCUCUUAUUUAUUUCAAGUCAUUGUUAAUAGCUCUUAUGGUACGUUAGUAAUUAAAAUUAGGCAAACUAAUAAACGUGGGUUGUUUGGACAGGAGACAAAAGACAGAACUUAUGAAACAAUUUAGAAGUGAUCAGUAAGUCUUACAUGAGAGACAAUUAAAACGAAUUUAUAUUACAUCAAAUGCAUUGUUAAAAUUAAAAAGAAAGAAACAAGCAGUGGUCAGUAUUGUACUUUUAAUCUGAAAUAAUUUUGAUAAUGUCAUAUUAUUGUAAUUAGAUAUUCUCUUCUUUUUGUGAGCAUUUGAACCCUAUCAAUUUCUUUCACUCAUUGAAAGUAGAAAUAAAUAUUUGAAAUACGAUAAAUGCCAAAUUAAAGUGUCUUCCCACAACGAUGUAAAGAUGAUUUAUUGUGAACAAGUUACAAGAAUGUAUUUAGCUUUUAGUAGUGAGGCAUAGCCAAUUAGCCACAUUGCAGUAUGUUUGUUUUGAAGUAAAUUUGUCUUUUAUACUGUGAGCAUUUUUCUUAUCAGAAAU